CUUUGUGUCUUGGAUGAUUUAGUUCCUGAAGAAGAAAUUUGUUAUGCCGAGAGAGCAUUGUUGAUGGAAAAGAACCCUGAUCCUUCGGAAAAAGAAGAAGUUGAAUAUAGAUUGUCUUCAAUGGAGUAUAUUGAAAUAGAUGUAACUGAUGACACAAGUGUUUUUGAUGGACAUAAAUUGAUGACGCAAUCUGACAUCCUCCGACAUGCCCAUCUUGUAGACAACUCACCACGCCACACCAGAUUCUCGCACGUGAAUGAGGUUGUUGUUAAACGUUCUAAUAUGAUGGAGGACAUGUUAAAAACCAACAAAUUAACCGAUCAAUUUGUGACACUCUCCCACGAGACACCAGUUAGUGAGAAAAUGAAUAGCCAAUGUGGUAACACUGACCAGAAAGAAGCCCCCAAGAGUGCAGUUAAACCCAUUGUGCGACCGUGGCUUAUUGAGCCUUCUGUCAAGGGACGUAAUCAGACCCCAAAAACAGUCUUCACUCCAACAACCGUGAAGGCACGUAUAGAGACCAAGCUACCGCAAAACACAACACUUAUUCCCCAACCAGUGCUUCCAUAUUGUGCCAACCCAACAGCAACACAACAGCUAGAUGCUAUCCGUCUGCUACGAGAUAGGAACCCAAUGUUCGCAAACCCAAAUCCAUACCGUCUUUUCCACGAUUCCAGUUUCCGUAACAAUUUGAAUUCCUGGUUUUCGUGGUUAAGAAAUGGAAUGAGUGAGCCCCAAAAUAUGAACCACUGGAACGGUCAGAAACUUCCAGACGUAUCUGAACCAGUACAGCUCAAUGCUCAUUCGCCACCACGCUACCAAUGCGAAGCCUGUCAGAAGAGUUAUUCCACAUUCGGGGGGCUUUCAAAACAUAGACAAUUCCACUGUUCUCAGCAAGUUAAAAAAGAAUUUAGAUGUAAAUAUUGCGAUAAAUCAUAUUCCUCCCUGGGAGCUUUAAAAAUGCACAUAAGAACUCACACAUUACCCUGUAAGUGUAAAUUAUGCGGUAAAGCUUUUUCUCGACCUUGGUUAUUACAAGGUCAUAUCAGGACUCAUACUGGCGAGAAGCCAUUUUCUUGUCAACAUUGUGGUCGUGCUUUUGCCGAUCGUUCUAAUCUUCGAGCACAUCUUCAGACCCACGCUGAAAUUAAAAAAUAUGGAUGUAAAAGUUGUUCCAAGACAUUUUCGCGCAUGUCAUUGUUAUUGAAACACGGUGAGAGUUCUUGUAUGGGAAUGGUACGGUAGACAACUCUCAGCUCUUUACCCAUAGUGCGAGAUGAUUAAUGGAUUCAUUGACGGGACCAAAAGUGAACGUUUGUGAAAAGUCUUGUUAUCUAGACUUUUGUUGAGUAAAUGCCACCCACACUGAUUAAUAAUGUAGCAAAAAAUCUUUCAAAUCUUUUAAAUCUUUCGUCUUCAUUACUUACUUAUACUUUCGCUUUACAUUCUUUCUCUUGAUAAUAUUAUUUAUUCGAAUAUUUGUGUAUAAUUUAUUUUUGUACUAUUAUUGUAUAUAAUAUAUACUAGAACUAUUAUAAAUAAACGUUUAAAAUAUA